CCCAACCAGACAGGUUAACUUCCCAUGGCAUCAAGGCAAGAGAAUGAAAAGCCUUCUUAUCUAUGACAAUUAAUCUUCUAUUCAGAGUACCAAAUCACUGGCUUUCUAGGUAAUAAUGAAAACGCUCCUCUUCAUCUAUUUAACUCCCCACUCAUCAAUAGGAACAUUGAUAAUCACUUCUCAAAAUAAUCCAUGAUGCUUUAAAUACAUAAAUUUAAACUAAAAGGCAGUAAAACAAUAUUUUUGAGGUAGAGAAAUGAACAAUAUGGAGACAGAAGUUAGUUGAAUGGACAUUCUGCUCCUGGACUCAACCAAGAAAUCUCAAUUGCAAUUAACUUUCUGUCAAUGCCACAUAUUCAUUCUUUUUAGUUAAAAUGAUAACUGCAGAGCUUCUGUUAUUUCAGUUUUUAAAAAAUCAAUUAAAAAACUCCCACCACCAAAGAAUCACUAUAUAUUGAGAGUAUCUGAUUUUAGUAAGAAAGAAAACACUCAAUAAACGCAUGAAUAAUAAUAAAGAUACUCCAUACGCAUUUACAGGACAAAAGCAGUAGACAUUUCCCAUUUGACUUAUUAAAUUUUUGUUAUGUAGAGGGGGAAAUGAAUCUAUUCCAGAGGUCAAAAAGCUGUCUAUUUAAGUCUGACCUUUGAUGCUAUGACUCAAUAUUACUCCACCUGGCACCUCUUCAUAUGGAAAGAUAUCCUUGGGCACUUUUCCACCUACAGACUGGACAGUAUUGACAAUCACCCAGCUAUGAAAAACAACAAUUAGAGUAUGAGUAACAUUUUAUUAUAAAUCGGCAUAGUAAAGACUGAAAUGACGUACCGAAUCCUAUAAAAGGCCAGUGGGAGUAAGUACUAUGGGUGGUGCGCUUUGGCUUUGCUCUGCUCUGAGAAAGGGCUGCUCAGCUGUGCUGUCGCCAUGUCCUUUCGACUUUCUAGUGGAUCCAGGCGGGCCUGCUCUCAAGCUGGCCCUGGCCGGCUGUCUGGUGGAGGGACAGGCUUCGGGGCUGGGAAUGUGUGCAGUGGGCCUGGAGCAGGAAGCAGUUUUUCUUGUACUCUUGGGAGCGUUUCUUCUGGAGGAGGUUUCUACAGCGGUGGUGGAGGGCUGGGAAGUGGUGUCUGUGCUGGUUUUCUUGGAAAUGAGCAUGGCCUCCUCUCUGGCAAUGAAAAGAUGACCAUGCAGAACCUCAACGACCGCCUGGCGUCCUACCUGGACCAUGUGCGAGCUCUGGAGGAAGAAAAUGCAGACCUUGAGCAGAAGAUCAAGUGCUGGUAUGAGAGAUAUGGGCCUGGUUCUUGCCGGGGACUGGAUCAUGACUAUAGUAGAUAUUCCUCAGUCAUUGAAGAUCUUAAAAGGCAGAUCAUUUCUGUGACCACCUGUAAUGCCAGCAUUGUUCUACAAAAUGACAAUGCCAGACUGACCGCUGAUGACUUCAGGUUGAAGUAUGAAAACGAGCUUGCGCUGCACCAGAGCGUGGAGGCCGACAUCAAUGGUCUGCACAGGGUGAUGGAUGAGCUGACCGUGUGCACAGCCGACCUGGAGAUCCAGUGUGAAGCCCUUACUGAGGAACUGGCUUACCUGAAGAAAAAUCAUGAGGAGGAAAUGGAGGUCCUGCAGUGUUCAGCCGGGGGGAACGUGAAUGUGGAGAUGAAUGCAGCCCCGGGCGUGGACCUAACUGUUCUGCUGAACAACAUGAGGGCCGAGUACGAGGACUUGGCCGAGCAGAACCGCAAAGAGGCGGAAGCCUGGUUUAACGAGAAGAGCGCUUCGCUGCAACAGCAGAUUUCUGACGAUGUGGGAGCAGCCACAGUGGCCAGGAAUGAGCUGAUGGAACUGAAACGCAACCUGCAAACCUUGGAAAUAGAACUUCAAUCCCUCGUGGCCACGAAACAUUCCUACGAAUGCUCCCUGGCAGAGACCGAAGGCUAUUACUGCCUUCAGCUCCAGCAAAUCCAGGAUCAGGUCGGGGCGAUGGAGGAACAGCUCCAACAGAUCCGCACGGAAACCGAAGGCCAGAAGCUGGACUAUGAACAGCUUCUUGAUAUCAAAAUAUUUUUAGAAAAAGAAAUUGAAACGUAUUGCAUAUUAAUAGAUGGAGAUGGAAGAAAAAGCAAGUCCACAUGUUACAAAUCAAAAGGGUGUGAGCCUGUAAAUUCCGAAAAUCAAGUCAAAGACUCAAAAGAAGAAGCAGUUAUUAAAACAGUGGUCGAGGAGCUAGAUCAACUCAGCAAUGUCCUUUCACUGAGGGUCCACUCAGUUGAAGAAAAAUCCUCUAAAAUAAGCAAUAUUACAAUGGAGCAACGCGUACCUUCUAAAACACCAUAA